AUGUCCUUCGGUGCGGACUGUUUUCUUGAUCGUGAUCGAGAGGGUUUCAAGGGGCAAAUCAAGCAAACGUAUCCUUAGUGAAUAAGAUCUACCUGUAAAAGGGAGUGACGAACAAAAAAUGCAAAAUUAUCGGUGUUACCUGACCUGAUGGGGAGGGUGAACUUCCCAGACCCUCUCUCUUCAUAUGCUACUAGACUCAGAAAAGUUUUGAUUUUUCAAGUCUGUAACAUAAUGCUUCAUAUGAUUUGAAUUGGAGGCACUUAAUUGUAAUCAAUCUGAUAUUGACCUUGACAAGUUUGCCAAGAUACCAAGAUUUUAUUGUCACCGAAAUUGACUCUCAAGGGAAGCUGGUGGAGCUUAUUGGAAACAAUAUUUCUUCUGAAAAUGAUGACAAAAACUGUCAGAAAAGAAAAAGAGAUGGAAAACCCAAAGAAAUGAUUGAGUAUGAGAGGAGUUUGGAACUUAAGAGUCUGGAAAAAGAAACACCAUUUUUAACCAAGGUACAGCUUAUAACCAUGAUGAUGGUGCAUGUAAGAGAGUAUCAUGUCAUUACUUUUUGUUGUUAACAAAAUUACCUUUAUUUUUGCAUUGCUUAAAAUAUCUUUGAUAAUCUUAACUUUCAUUUAGAUUUCUGAGUCAUUUGACAAUUUACAAGAAUGUGCAGUGAGUGAUUUGGAAAAGUGUCUGGGAAGUGAGAAAUUUACAGAGCUCAGAGAUUUUUCAUUGGAUGUUGAGGAAAGGAAAGAAAACAACAAGAGAAUAUGUGUUUGUAAGGUUGAUACACAUGUGCCUAAAAUAGAUGAUAAUGUUAUCUUUUAUUGUUCAAUUAUCUACAAAGUUAGAAGGUUUAAAAUAGAUAGAUUGAUAGAUAGAUAUGUUUAUUAAAAAAUCACUUUGCAGCAGAGAAGAUGAAUUGCGUUUACACAAAAAUGGUGUGAUGAAUAGAUACACAAACAUUAAAAGUGUGAUUUAUGAAAAUUGAAUAAAAUCCAUGUACAGCUCUGCUACCACAGCAUUGAGCACUUUAUGCCAAGGUAGACUCUACCCCCACAUUUAUAUAUAAAAAUGUAUAUAUUGGUAAUCAAGUUCAUAAUUUGCAGUUCAUAAUUUACAUGUUGAGAUUGGUUAUAAACUCAUAAAAGAUAAAUAAUAUUCAUCAUACAUAGAGUAUCAGGGUGCCAAACCUAAGGUCAGAUGAGGGGAUGAAGGGUGGAAGACAUCACCCUCCCCCUCCACUCAGAUCUCUUAACAGUGGCCAAUUCUCCUCAUAAGCUUGGUUGAUUAAAUCAAAUUAUCUUACAACAAAAUGUGGUCAAGGAUGUAUACUGUAAUUAUGGUGUUUUUCCCAAUUUGAAGAACAUUGCACUCCAAUUAUAUACUCUGAACAGUGGAACCCCUCUCUUAGGAAACCUCCAUGUUCAUGAAUUUUAAAUUUCACCAUAGCAUCAACAAUGUUAAAAGAGGAACGAAGAGCUCUUCACAGAAAUGUCAGGUUGGCAUACCCCCAUCUUCAGACUAUAACCGUACAAAGUGAGCAAGAGGUAAGGUGUUCAAUAUGGAUGCAGGAUUGUCAAAAAGAUUUUUUAAAAUCUGGAUGGGAUAAAAAGUUUGCAGCAUAAUGUGAUGCCUCUGUACUAGUCUGAAAGUUAAGCUACAAGCAUUACAAGUAGUAGGCUAGUUUUCAGAAUAGAUGUGUUUUGACAACCCUGUUGAUGCAUUACUGAAUUAAUAAUAAAUUUAAUAGAAAUUUUUGACCUUGAAGUAACCGUUUUAUGUCACACUGAUAAAGAAUCUUUUUUUUCUUCAGGGAGACCCUCCAUCCAUUCUUGCAGUCAGUGAUAAAGUUUAUUGGGAGUUUUUUGAGUUACUAAAUGAUCGACAUCAAGUGAACAGGUAAUGCACUGGAGGACUUAUAUUAUAGUUGCCUGUAUUUUGUUUUUUAUUCUUGAUGUUGUGUCAAUAUUUAGAUUGGAGGACUGGGAGUCCUGAUUGAUGAGAUUUACUUGUAAUACUGGCUUACCAACAGAUAUUUUAUCCUAGCUGUGUUGGUGGAAAAGUGUGGUGAUUGAAGAAAAAUUAGUUGUAAUGUGUUAGUUUGUCCACUUAGUUGAAAAAUUUUUUUAAGCCUGUCUUUGCUUAUUUUAUGUAUUGAUCAAUAGACUGCUGUGUUUUGCUCAUUGGGAAAUGAGAACAAUAUCGUCCACUUUUGAUCUCGAUGUCAGUAAUGCAGAUAAAGAGAAGCGCACAAAGGUGACAAUAAUAACCCCUUACACCCUAACAUCAUUGUGUAUAUUCUCCAUACUGUUCUCUAUACAUUUCCUAGGCUCUAACAAGGAGAAUUUGUAAAACCAUCAAGAGCUUUGUUCUAGUUGCUGAUCAUUUCAUUUAUUCUCAUGGCUUAAAUAUUUGAUUCAAAGGAUAGAUUGUGAAGAGAAGUUAGAACACUUGUCACUCUCAGGGAUUAAAGAGUUAACGUUGAUCUUGACUUGGCCAGCAUGAUUGAGAUGAGGAAGGAAACCUUGGAUGUAUAUUUCAUUAGAUAUUUCGGUGUGUAGAGUAUUGCUGAGUAUUUUUUAUGAGCAGUCAAAAUACAAACAAAAAGUAAAAAUACUCAGAGAUACUAAACACUAAAACGUAUAUGAAGUGAUUUAUUAAUAUACAACCUCAAAAUUGUCAUGCACUUUUCCAGAAUUAUGACUAUGAUGAUGAUUCCAACUCAGCCUAUUCAAUAAAAAUAAAGUUAUUAUUAAAUUGUAACACUUUGUCUAUACACUGACCUAUUAUCUCAGAUUCACAGACUGCUAUCAAAGCAUUUUGGCUCAUUUCUUGAAAGCAAGACAUUCAAUGACUUUGAAAAGAAGACAUCAAAUGGUGCAGGUAGAGGAAGCUACAUUCAGGUUAGAAUGCGAGUGAAGGGAAAAAAGUCACUACAGCAAAGUUAUAAACCAACAAGGUCCAGGUUAGUGCUAAAUGAGUAUAGGCUGGGGUAAGUUUCUAAAGAAAUUGUGAUGCUGUGGGGGUGGGAGAGUAUAACAAGGUAUAUUUGUUUGAUAUCAUCAACUGAGUUUAUCACUUAAAUUGGCCACUGUUAAGAGUUUGAGAGCUGGCAUUUUGAGUGUUACCCCUUCAUCAGAGUGAAACCUCACCUCAUUUGUUCUGACGAAGGCUAUGCAGUAAUACUGCUGAAUCACUCAUUUAGAUCAUGAAAAUAAAAGAAAUGAUGAGCAACCUAAGAAGCUUUGAUUGUCAAUAAAGGCUAUUAUGCUCAAAACAUCACCUUUCAGACUCUUAACGGUAGCCAAUUUACGUUAUCAACUCAGUUGAUAAUUAAAAUUUAUCAAGGUUAGAGCUGCUUAGGUCAUAUAAAUAUCCUUUUGAAUGUCUAUGAACCAGACCCUGCCUGUGGGACAAAAAUGUAGACAUACAACUUAUUUAUCAAUUUACUGGCAAAGGAAAAUAAUCAGCUCUGGGGAAAUUCAAUCGAGAAAAGUUUGUAAAUCUUGUGCUUAUGGUGAAUGAGUCACAAGCUUUGAUUUGUGCUGUUCUUCCACUGUAAAAUGUGCUGGUAAACCAAUCUGUAGAAUGAUAAACUUUAGACUUCUUGUAUGCUGUAAUGUUAAUUGUUUCUGUCAGUUUUCCAUGCUAUUCAUUCUGACUUAUGAAUCACUUAUUUAUUACUUGAUGUUGUUUCUUUCAUCAAAAAUAUUUUAACUCUCCAGUCAGACUGAAAGUGAAUACACAGGAUUUGUUUUAUGCAAAAGAAAUAUGGUAAGGAAGGAUUUAUGCUCAUGAAAUGUUCACCCACAUCAUCAUCAAAAGCUCUCCCUUACCUGCUCCUUUGCAAUUUGAAAAGGUUCAGUCUGGAUGCAACUCUGGUUCAUUAAUAUUUUUUCCCUACCAGGGUUUUUUCUCUGGAUUAACUCCAUUUUCUGGUACUCAUUUAUACUUCUCAGCCCUUUACACUCUAUAAGUGACCAACAUCUCAUUUCUCCUUGCAGUAAUAACUGCUGAAUCAUUCAUUAAGGUCAAGAAAUGAUGAGCAACCUUAGAGGCUUUGAUUGUUAACAAAUUCUCCUUGCCAGUACCAAAGAAAAUGUAUAGUCUGUCAUCAUACAAGAGAUGAACAAAAUUGGAUGACUGCAAAGCAGGAGUCAAAUUUGUCAAUCACGAGUAUGAUUACAGACAGAAUUGGACGACAAGAAGUCCUUUUACCAAUUAAUCAUAACUGUUACAAUUUCCAUAUUGGAACUGGCUGCUUCAACUGUCAGAUUAAAGGUUUACAGAAUGAUUAAAAUGAAAAUAAAGCUGCUAAAUUGUACCAAUCACAUUUGAGGAAAUUGUAGCAGUUAUAAAUUUGUUAGUUUUUGGUAAACAUCCCCCUUUUUUCUUCAUAAUCCAAAGGAAACGCUGGAAGCUGUACACCGCUUGUCCACCUGUCUGAAUAUUCAGCCUUCAGCCUUUAGUUAUGCAGGUAUCAAGGAUAAGAAAGCAGUCACCAAACAGUACAUGGUGGUCAGAGGUGUCUCACCAGAACAGUGAGUCAUGCUAGUUUUGUUGUUUUUCAAAAUUCUUCUUUUUUUUUUAAUAGGAUAAGAUAAAACCAUUAUUAUUUAAUAUUCUUGCAUGAUGAGCAUGGCUUGGGACUUUGAACACUGAACCUUUGGUUCCAUUAUGUCUGUUUUUUUUUUCAUUCUUGAGGAUGGAAUCCGGGCACUGUAAAAGAGAAAAACCCUGAAAAACAACACAAUAAUUCUGCGGGGCAUCCAAAAGUCAUUUGGAGGCCAAAGUAUGAGAUAUUUUAGUUAGACGGUAUGUACAUGUAUUUCAGAUUUCCAGGUAACGUGUCAAUUAUUUUAGAAUUUCCAAGCUUUUUCUGUUAGAAGCAAAAUUGGAAACAUUUGAGUGAUUUAUGGCUAUUUGUCAGUUUCUGGCAUAGCCUAUUAAUUCAUUCAACAAUAGUAAGAUUUUCCUUUUCAUCAAAUAGGAUAUGUGCUGUUCAAGAUCACCCCUCAUUAGAGGGUAUACAAUGUGGAAGCUUUAGGAAGGGACUGAGUAGACCUCUCAGAAUGGGCGCACUUAAGGGAAACCAUUUUCAAGUUGUGAUCAGAAAUAUUCAGAGUGACACCAGUAACAGGUCAGUGUGAACCCUGUAACAUAUGUCUGUGGUUUUUAAUCGUAAAAAAUAUAUCACCUUUUUUUUCCAGUGGCAUUUCAUUCAGUGUGUAAUCAGCACUGAAAAAAAAGACAAUUUUCUCCUACUUUCUAUUAUUUGCAGCCUUGUUGAGGAAAAUGUUGGUGACUUGGAAAAAGUUGUACAGGUGUGUUAUAAUACAUGUAAGUUGAACAAAUGCUAGAAGAGUACCUUGUUUCAAAAUAUCACCUUUCAUCAAUUUUAUUGUUUCAAAGCAGUAUGUUUACUAGGCAAGGCUUUUGUAGACUUAACUUCAAUUCAUGAUGUAAAAAGCUGAGCCAGGGAAUUGUGUGAAAAAAAUUUGUGACUUUCAAAAGAAGUCAGCAACAUGUUUUGCAGAUGGCCAUCUGAAAAUUUCCAAGGACUCUAGGGAAGUGUGGAGUUUUGUUUCAUUUCUAGCCUUAAUGUACUAAUUUUAAAGAUAAGGUAAAGGUAGAUGAGAGAUGUGGUAAUACUAGGUUUUUCUGAAGAGAAAAUAAUAUCAUGCACUAUUAUUUUCUGUUGGUUUUUGUCUAAAUUGUUAUAUAUGUAGUGUCUCCUAUGGGUCAAGAGUUUCUACUCAUUCUCAUUGAAGUGGAUUUCCCAUGCUAUUUCCAACAGUCAUCUAAUUAUUUUUUUUUAAAUACCACAUUGGGAGGCCUAAGUUGUGGUUUAAAUUUUUGUGAAGCUGUACAAAGUUAAACCAUCUUAUACUUGUCAAUAUCAUUUAUUUAUUAGCUUACAGUGAGUCACUUGCUCACUCACUUACCUAUCUAUUCAUUCAUUAAACUUUUAAACAUUUAUUUUUUGUUUGUUUGUUUUUUAGGAUGCAGCAUCCUCUUUGUCUCUUCAUGGAUUUCUUAAUUACUUUGGCCCUCAAAGGUUUGGCUUGGAUGACAAAGAAGUAAAUGCGUGUGAUGUCGGGCUUGCUAUGUUACAAGGAGAUAUGGCAAGGAAAUUUUGUAAUUUUACAGUUUGUUUUAAAAGUCUCCAAGUAAUACGUGUUGUGCAGGAAUUGAAGUCCAAAUGUGGGCUCACAAAGAUAUUGAAGAAAAGUAACUGUGUAUUGUAAUUUCCCAAACUGCAGCACGUGUAAAACAAUAAAGGCUUACAGAUUGAUUUGUUCGUAUUUACCCUCGAAAUUUUAUGAAUUUCAAAGUUUUGGGUUCAGCUUCUGCAAGCCCGAUUGGCCCCGUAUAAAAAUGUUUUUUAUUAAUUUUAUUAUUUUCUUCUGUGUAGGUACGAGCGGUGAAACUUCUUCUGACUCCAUCGGAAAAUAAUCCAGACAAUCCCGUGGACUCCGCUAAGAGGUCAGCAAUAAGCAUAAGAUAAGACUUUUCCAUUAAGUGUUCGAGACCAUAGCCAUUCAGGACAAGGGAAGAUACCAUGAAAACUCAAGUAAGCACACAUAACCAGUCAAAAGCGCAGGAAAUCUCGCGUAAACAACUCGUGUCCCAUUGGUUUAUAGUUGGGGGCAAGUUUUUUUUAUCAAUCACAGGGCAAAGCGAGGCAAACGCUUAAAGUAACUGAGAGUUGCUCCCAGAUGAAAAUCCCUCUUCUCUUUACUAAUGGCAUGGUUAUAAUCUUCCUUUUCGUUUUCCUAAUCUUCUUUCGUGUUAGGUAUUACUGCGAGACAGGUGACGUGCAAGGUACAUUGAGUAAGAUGCCCAGUUAUAAAGUCCGUGAAACUCUGGUACUCAAAGGACUUCAUAGACACGGGACCGACGUGGUCAGUUAAUCAAUUCCCCACACUUUUUUAUGUUUUUGAUGAAUGAUUUUAGCCCGAAAAUAUAUCUUUGUCUAAAAGUUAUUAGUCUCUAAGGAACGUUUUGUGAUGUUUGGAUGGGUUGGUUGGUUCGAAACACUAUUGUCUUUUUCAGACACUAGUGCAUGGUUGCGGACACUCCUGUCCGAUUUUAGACACUGAGGUCCAAUGCUGGACACUACUUUCUGAUUUUGGGCACCAGUGUCUGAUUUCGGACACUAGUGUCCGAUUUUGAACACUACACGCGUUUCCCUGAAAGACUUGCCAAAUUUGCAAUGACAAUCUGAUAAAUGAGAACGCGAAAAUUUGCAACCACUGGCAACUGUACUAAUCGCUGUUAUCAGUAAUGAAAUGUUUAUCAAAAGUUCCUUGUCUGGUAGUAUGUCUUUACUUUUUUUUCCUUCUAGAAAACCAAUAAUGUUAAACCUUAAAAAUAUUAAAAACUCGAACUAAGCGGCCUGGAAUUAAAUUCUUGUUUACAUGCGUAAACAACCGAACAAAAUGUCCGGCCCUCCUCGAAGUUGACAGGUCAAAACCUAUAUUUGACCCGAAAUAGUCCGUUUAGCUUUAUUUCGAGCCCUGUUAUGGCAUCGAAAUGCCCCAUACUUGUGCAGCACUGAAGCUAGAUCUAGAAACUCAAUUUUCUCUCUUGUAUAGGAUGGUUGUCGGAAGGCGCUACUGAACAUUCCCUAUUCCAUGCGCUUGUUGUAUGUUCACAGCUAUUGCAGCCUGGUCUGGAACCAGAUGGCGACUUUGAGGAUACAGCGAUACGGGCGGACAGCGGCUGUACAAGGUGACCUCAUCGCGGAUAAGUUUGCAAAUGUAGAUGAAUUAAAAAAUUCGGCGACCGCUGACAGUUGUGAAAGUGCUAGCGCGGGAAAUUCGUGCGAAGAUGACACCAAUGGUGUAAGAAGGGAUUGCGUGAGAUGUGUUUCUGAUCAGGAUGAAGGAAAGCAUGGCCUCAAAGAUGUAGUUUUACCGCUUCCUGGUUACAACAUUCAGUAUCCAACAAAUGAUGUGGGGGACGAGUGAGUAUAAAAUGGCAGAUUUAAUUAUUAGUUUCUAAAGCGAUAGUUGUAUAACGUGGAAGGCAAAGUGAACAACUCAGAUGAUAUCAAUUCGGACUUGUUUAACCCAUUAACUCUCAGAAGUGAUUAACAUGUAACUUCUCCUGCAAACAGGUCUUGAAAAUACUCAUACUUAUCAGGUAGAAGUUGUCAUCUUGAUCCAACAGCUAAUUUUCGUAACUAAUUUACAAGGAAAUAGCAGCAAGAGAGAAGAAUCAACAAUUAGAUCUUGGAGGUUAAAGGGUCGAGGGUUUAACUUUGUCGGUUGUGGACCGCUUAUGAGAAGUAAUUUUUUUGCGGUACAAAUACGUGGCGGUUGGAAAAGAGAAUAACGAGACAGAAUGAUUUCUUGUUGAUUUAAUUUAGGCGAGUUAAAAAAAAAAGUUUCUCUAUCGAUAAAGAUAAUUGCACGUUGUAAAGAGUUAAGUUAAUAUCCUUUUUGUAGGUAUAAAAAGAGGCUGGAAACGGACGGGUUGACUGCAAAAAGUUUUAGGUUGGUGUUAUUUCCCUUAUUUGACAAUUUGUUAAAUUUGAACCCAUAAACAGAUUGUCACUUGAAGUCUACAAUAGUUUUUUUUUUCUUCUGCGCUGUUUAUUUCAGGCUGCGGAGUCUGGGUAUGAACUUGCCUGGUACUUACAGAAAGCUCGUGGUAUUCCCAUGGGAUUUGUCAUAUAGAUAUGUUGGAGAAGAGCGUACACGAACGGAAGAUAGUUACUCUACCAGGAGUGAUCACUGUACAGCAACAGAAGACUCAAGUUGUGUUGACAGUGACAGUGACGCGAAAAGACCGCGACUUGCAUCAAGCAGUAACUGUUACGACGACAGAACAAAAGAUUUUAGACCAACAGAACUCAGUGAGGUUUGUCGAAGAUCUGAGGGCUGCUGCAGUAGUCUUGAGAUCUCGUUUAGUUUGGAACCUUCUUGUUACGCGACGUCGUGUUUAAGAGAACUGAUGAAGAAUUGAAAGAAUAGAAGAAGCGAUUCUCAAAGGGGGAUUCCACAAAAUUGAACCCCUGUAGGAUAUGGAAAAUUUUCUGUUACUGGUUUUGAAAGGUG